AUGGACACCCUCCUCGGGUUGAUCUUCCUGGCCAUGUGGCUCACCCUCAUCCCGCCAUUCCAGUCUGUAUUCCUCUGGGGGGCCAAUCGCUCCCGCUACCUCGCCAGGGCGGUCUGGAUCUGGGGCUGGGUCCUCAUCUUCGCUCUGAAUUUAUUGCUGUAUGAGCUCACGCAGGUCUACCUUGUGAUCCUCGCGUUGCCACGUCCUCUGCCCGAGGUCCAUGGGUCGGCGCCCCGGGAGGCUGUCUUGACGGCGCUGACUGAAUUCGUCCAUUCGGGCACCAUCACCGGCAACUGGGACCUCUACAUUCUACUCGGCCGGAACUGGGUGUCCGUCCUGCUGAAGAUUUCGUUGUAUUGGCUGAUUAUCGUUGCUCUCGCGGAUCGACUCGUCAGGGAGGCGCGGAAGGCACUCGAGCGCCAUGCGGAGCGUCAUUUGAGGGCUGACUGGCAGGCGGCGCAGGGUGCGCUGGCCCGGCGGGCUCAGCUGGCUGAGCAGGACCACCACGGAAGCCAUGACCACCACGAGGACCACCACCACCACCCUGACCAGCAGGAUCAGCUGCAGCAGUGGGGCCGAGAGUGGAAGCCAGACUGGUCCCAGGCUCGAUCCAGCAGGCGGGAAUGCCAGGCCUGGCAGCUGGUUCGAUCCAGCAGUGCAGACCGCCAGGCCAGGCAGACCCAGCAGGACUGGUACUUGGUUCGACCCCGAAGUCGGCACCGCCAGGCCAUGCAGGCUCUGCAGGCUAGGCAGACUCUGCAGGACUGA